CAGACCGUUAACAGUAUUUCAUCAUAUCGCAGUAACCCCACUAACACAAUUUGCUAUAGUUCCGAGAACAAUGCAAAGGCAAACCUUAGAAUUCGAAGUCGUUUCUUCUUCCAUACUCGCUGGACUCAACAAUAUAUCUAUGGACGAAAAUAGACAAUCCGGUGCCACCGCUGAAAUAUCGGGCAUUCUAGCUGCACAUCAUUUUUUACCCAAAGUCCAAAAUCUACGUUGGUGUAGACGCAAUUUUGACAUCGGUGUUCAAUGCAAUUGAUCAAAAUGUGUUCAACUGCAAUUUGGAUGGAACAAAAUUGGAAUGGUGUCAUUGAAAUCACGUGCUUUGGUCACCUAUCGGCAAUAUACUUUGACGACACGACAAACUUUCAUUCGGUGCAGCGAGUUUUGGUUCAAAAACCGUACAAGAAAGCAAUUCAUGGAAGCCGUUUUGUACGAAAUGCUUGAUUUAUACUUAACCCUAAGGGCCGAGGAAGAAAUCAGCGACAAUUUGAACAUUUAUUUACUUGAAGCUGCAACUACCUAUCUUAACCGCUGUUUUGGAACCAAUCUCGCAAUCAAUAACAACAACAGCAAACAGAAAAAUGUGGACGAAUCGGACGUUGAACGUAUUUUGGAAUCAGUUGCCAAUGAUCGCAAGAUGUCGACAAAGAAGGCUCGAAUGGAAGGUUUAAAAGUCACUCCAGAAAUACGAGUUUUGUCGAAAAAAUUGAAAGGCAAUAGCCGUGAAUUCAAGUGUGUUAAAAAGUGCGGCGUAGCAUGCUAUUGUCCACCACAAAUGAAGUUCCGAGAGCAUUUCUUUGGAGCAAAUAUUUACGCAAUUUAUACUGUCGAGGAAAAUAAAGUGAAGUGCAUUCUUUGUCAAGAAGAAAUGCCAAAGGGAACUAUGGACACGCAUCUCGACAAUAAUUGCCCCAUAUUCAGACCGUUUUAAACUAUUUCAUUUUUUUCAAAAAAAAAAAUUC